AGGUUGCCCUGGAUAAGGAGGCUCCAAUUAUAAGAAGCCAUGUGCAAAUGCAACCUACCAUUCUUAUGAAAUACAAAAUCAAAUCAAUUUCUUCUCUUAAUAAUUAUUCUCUUAAUCGCCCGCCAUAAUGCCUUGAUAACAUACUUGAAAUUAUAUUAACUACCAGUCUUACCCACUUCAACUAUCUUUCUUCUACACCUUUCUCUCUCUUUCCUUUUUUUUUUCUUCUUCUCUCAAAUCUUCGUAAAUUUAUUGUUGCGAAAAUUAAUUAUAAACGAUUAGUAAUGGAUUAAUUUUAAGACGCUAAUCUUGAGAUGAUUCCCCUCAUCUUUUGUUUAAGGACAAUCCUUGGACUGUGACAUUAAUACGAAGCAAACACAAGAAGUUAUGUUGGACUGUUCUAUUGAGGACUAUAUAUGGCUUGUGCUACUUGCUUCGUCUAUUUUUUCAUGAUCCGAUUGAUUGCGUAUUUUGCAGUUUUAGCGUUGUUGGUAAUAAUAACUGUUGCAGUCCUUAAGCUUCUAGGAGAAUGGACUAGAGAUACAGAAGAAAGCGAAAGUAACCCUUUGAUGUCCCAAUGUAACAUCAAUAAGAUAGUAACAACAAGCUAUGGAACAUAUGAGCACGAUCUCGAGUCCGAAAAUUGCAGCAAUAAUGAUAACAUUAGUACCAACUCUAGCAAAGGUUCAGCAUUAUACGAUGCUAAUAUAUGCAUAAUUUGCUACGACGAGCAGAGAGAUUGCUUCUUCGUACCUUGCGGUCAUUGUGCUACUUGUUUUGCGUGUGCUCAAAGGAUAUUUUAUGAAGAGAAUAGGCAUUGUCCUGUAUGCCGAAGAUUCAUUGGAAAAAUUAGAAAAUUGAUAAGUUUUUAUGAUAAUUGACAAAUUGAUUGGUGUUCAUUCAUUUUCAAGGUGUACUCAUCAGAACCUAUCAUCAUUUUUCAAAGAAUUGUGCAUACCCCUACAAAAUAAUUGUCGUACAUAUUCUUUUUUAAAAGUUAAAAGUACGUAUUAUGUGCA